CAUAAUUCGGUAAAAGUUAACAUAAAUCCUGAACAAAUAUUGAAAUGUCCUUGUCCAGAAAAAAAUAUACAGUUUAUAUUUCACAUGUUGACCUGUUGUGCAUGUAUUUUGAUUCGGAAUAUAAUUUUAUAAAACAUUAAAUGAUGCUAUACAAUGAGAUGAGAUCCCAGCUGCUGGUAUGAGUGGAUAACAGGCUCACUCUGAGCAACAGCGGGAAAGCUGCAACACUACUGCCGCGAAACAUAGCUCAAAUCACCCGCCGAAAGGCGAUGCAGAAAGUCUGUUAACAGCUUCUUCCCAUGAACACGGCUGCCACAAGCGAGGAGCUUAUUAGGACGCUGGAGAAAUGCAGCAGCAGCGCUGUUCUUCCUCCGACAGGCCUCUGGAUCCCGGCUGUCUGCUGGAACGCGACGCCGAGCGGAGCGCGGACCGGCUCGGUUGCGCGGCGGUGGAUUUCCCGGUAGCUGUAGUUCUUCCCGCCGGUGGCUCUGGGGAAAGAAUGGGACUGGCCACACCGAAACAAUUCUGCACCAUUCUCAACAGACCUCUGAUAAGCUUUACGAUUCAAGCGUUUGAGAGGUUAUCCUGGAUUGGAACUGUUGUCGUUGUGGUUGCUAAGGAGAAUCAUGACUUGAUGCUGAAUAUUGUCCAGAAAUUUAAUCACACAAAGGCAAAAGUAGUCCACGGGGGAACCACCAGACACAGGUCAAUCUUCAGCGGACUUCAGGCCUUCAGCAGCACUACAGACUCACUGACGCCCAAACCAAAAGUGGUCAUCAUCCACGAUGCCGUACGGCCCUUUGUGGAAGAAGAUCUUUUGUUGAAAAUCACCCUAGCAGCUAAAGAGCAAGGGGCCUCGGGAGCGAUACGUCCUCUGGUGUCCACAGUCAUUGCAACCACGUCAGAGGGCUACCUGGACCACUCGCUGGAGAGAGCAAAGUACAGAGCCAGUGAAAUGCCUCAAGGAUUUCUUUAUGACAUUAUUUUCCAGGCCUACCAGCGGGUAACAUACAAGCGAGAUCUAGCAGCUGCGGAGGCUAUAAUUAAAGAGACUCUUUCAAUGUCAGCAUGUAUCAUCGCAGGAGCUGAAGCAGAAGCCGUUGAGUUGGCCAAAGCACUUCAGAAAAAUCUGAACAUGGUAACAUACAAGCGAGAUCUAGCAGCUGCGGAGGCUAUAAUUAAAGAGACUCUUUCAAUGUCAGCAUGUAUCAUCGCAGGAGCUGAAGCAGAAGCCGUUGAGUUGGCCAAAGCACUUCAGAAAAAUCUGAACAUGACUCUUUCAAUGUCAGCAUGUAUCAUCGCAGGAGCUGAAGCAGAAGCCGUUGAGUUGGCCAAAGCACUUCAGAAAAAUCUGAACAUGAUGGAGACAGAUAUCAUUCCAUGUGCAAAGGAAAGUCAUACAGAGUACCUGUCCAAAACCCGAAACUUUAUUCACAUAUCUACGACUGCAUCAAACUUCUUGGGGACCCUGGACAUGGCGAAACGUUUUGAGGAUACGGACCACGCUCGUUUAUACCCAGUAGUUGUUGUUUGGGUACAGCUGAACGUGACAAAGCAGUCUGUCGGCAGCCAAAAGACAGAUGAGUUAACAGCCUUCAGGAGUCUGGCCUCUGAAGUCAUACAAGGAAAUGUUCUGCUCUAUGGAAUUCAGAUUGAUCACACCAAGGUGCCAGAGCAGUGGGAGAGAUCUGCGGAGAGACUCACUCAAAUCACAGUCGCCCUCAUCAGAGACAGAAAUGCUGCUCUCACUGGGCAGCUGCUUCAUGCCUGAAACUGAAGCAUGAGAAGAUGCGUUACUGUAGACAACCAGGAUGCAGCCUGUGGACUCACAAAGACAGAAGCACGGAAUCUAAAAGGUCAAAGAACAUUUGCAAAUGAAGGCAUUUCAGUAUAAAAUAAAUUACAAACAAUGAAUGACGGUGGGGCUGACAGUCUGAAUUGUUUGGAUCAACUGAUUGAUUUGAUUCUUUAGGUAAGAUUUCAAGGUAUUUAACUCCGAAUUGAAUUUGCCUGGUUUGCCUAGGCUCAUGUACAUCAGUACACAAGCACAAUCAAACACCUCUCUGAAUCCUUGCAUAUAUUUGU